AGCCCCUCUCUGUUAUUUUAUUUCCUAUGGCCGGACAGUGUGGCUGUGCCAAGUGUUGUUUUCCUGCUUGUCCACCCCAGAAGUUUGUAUAUCCGUACGAUGAGGUAUCCCAUGAGAUCCAGAACAAUGUCCUCUCUAUCAGAGUGGCCAAGGAUCUGAGACAGAUCGAAGGGAUUCAAGGGGAAGUAUCUGAACGCAACCCAACGUUCGAUGUAUCGUGUUCCGAUGCCUACGGUAAAAAGUGCAAGACCGGCUGCGCCAAGGUGAACGUCAUACCGAACAAAGUUCCGCCGGCGAAGAAACCGGAAGAGGAAAUGUUCCUGCUGAGAGCAACCAAGCAAAUAAUGAACACGGACGAGCUGAAAAACAGCCUGGAGAUCGAGUUUAAGGCUCCACGAAAUUAUAUCCCGAAGCCUGACCCGGGGCCAGCACCCCCCAUCAUUCAGAUAGCCACUCGGCAGGGUAAAAAGUCUGGAAAGGGUAAGAAGGGCAAGAAGAAGGCAACCAAGAAAUAGAGGGUUGGAUUCAUGGAAUAGUUUUUGGACCUGCACCAAAUGGGAUAUGAAUUCGCUUAUGAGAAUCAUACGGAAGACUUACUUUAGAAUAUUUGAAAAUUUUUUUAAAUAAAAUUUGAAAAUCCUUGGUUUUCAAUCCAAUUUUUCAAUCCUUCAGACAUCCAACCAAUGAUAUAUAUGACUUACGGAGUAAAUAUGACAAUCC